AUCCGGGUAAAAUUACUUCCUCCGUUAGCUUGACAUGCGCAGUGUCCGCCUUCCAACCUCCUCUUUGACUGUGGCGGUGAGCGACAGACACCAUGAAGGCGUCCGGAACACUUCGGGAGUAUAAAGUAAUCGGGCGUCUGUUGCCCUCGCCCAAGAACCCUGCCCCCCCUCUGUACCGCAUGAGGAUCUUCGCCCCAAACCACGUGGUGGCGAAGUCCCGGUUCUGGUACUUUGUGUCUCAGCUGAGGAAGAUGAAGAAAGCUUCUGGAGAGAUCGUCUACUGUGGCCUGGUCCACGAGAAGACGCCUCUGAAGGUGAAGAACUUUGGGAUCUGGCUGCGUUACGACUCUCGCAGCGGAACCCACAACAUGUACAGAGAGUACAGAGACCUGACCACGUCUGGAGCCGUCACUCAGUGCUAUCGGGACAUGGGAGCUCGCCACCGCGCGCGCGCCCACUCCAUCCAGAUCAUGAAGGUCCAGCUCAUCGCUGCCAACAAGUGCCGCCGACCCGCCAUCAAGCAGUUCCACGACUCCAAGAUCAGGUUCCCUCUGCCUCACCGGGUCCUCCGCCGGCAGCACAAACCUCGCUUCACCACCAAGAGGCCCAACACCUUCUUCUGAGCACAACCUGGACCUCUGUGCAGAAAUCAAUAAAAAGAAAUCUAGAAAUAAACUGUUGGUUCCUAAAGAGUCAUGGAAUAAAGUUUUUAUUGUCUGGAAA